AUCAAGAAGAAGAGGCCUAAAAAGUGAUCUUUGAGACAUUUUGUCAUAACAAAUACCACAGACUAUUGUGUAAAAUUGAGAAAGGAGGUGUCCCUUUGUGUUCCAUCCAGAAAUAUUUGACCAAAAUCACAACCAAACCCCCAGUGCUGACAAAAUUCAACCCCUUCUCGCUAAGCUGAAUAUCCGGAAAAAUUGUGAAUAUUAUCUGAGGGGAAGUUGAAAAAAAAAGUACCGUGAAAAAGUCCCGGAAGACCCAAGGACGGAAAAAUUGUGUUUCAUUUUUUCACCUAAUUUCCCAAUUGAUUUAUACGCCUAACAUUAGAAGGUGAUACCGCCUUUCCUGCAGGAUAAUUGUGAUUUUGCAGUUGGUGUUGGAUCUACCCCCAAAACAGUGCGUGUCUGGGGUUAGAAAUUAAUUCAGACAAUGGAGGGUGUAUUGCUAUAAAAAAAAGAAGUCCAAUUACAGUGCACUAUUUUGCAUUUUAAUUUCCAUAUACCAUUGACAGUGAUAUUGAUAUAUAUUUGCAACACUUCCUGUCCCCUCUUAUUGCCAAUUUAUUCGAAACCAUGGAGGAUACUUGGAGAGAGUGUGCGUAGCACGGAAGAAGGAUAAAAGAGGCGGAAAAAAGGACGAAAUAUUAAACAAUGAGUUUCCUAACGAGAAAAAAGUGCAUAUUAUAGAAGAUUUCGGGAGAAAUACGAGAUAUUCUCAAUGGAAAAAACCAAAUUAAUAGGGAAAUCACAUAUAGUGGAACAAAUAUAUGACAUAAAGCAUAGAGAGAAAAACUAAAUGAAGCAGACAGAAGAUAGUCUGCGAAGAUUGAACCUCAUGAUGGUGAUGAUGAUGAAAAUGAAUACAACAUGGGUGCUCAUGGUGAAUAAUUGCACGGGAAUAAAUGAGAGGAAAUUAAUCGAUUAGGUGGUGUGAAAAACACACGAAAAAAAAGUGACUCCCACACCUUUUCUCAGGCCUCUUCCCCCAGCAUUUUCCCAGCCAAGAAUACCUAUCAUUAUCUCAGGAGGAGAGAAUUUUGUACAAUUGAGCAAGGAGAAAACCCCCAGAAAAAGCGACUGUGGAAGAAAUACGAUAUAGGAAGCAUCCAAUCGUCAUAAUGAAGAGACGAUUGAUUAAUUCCAGCAACAUCAAUCGUACUGGGAAUUCCGAUGAGGAGUGGAAUGAGAUGACAGAUUUCCUCCUCGAUGGCUGGCGAAGUCAUCUUCUUGUCCUCAUUGUCACCCUCAUUUGCUAUAUCAAUGGCUUGCGUGGUGAUUUUGUCCACGAUGACAUUCCGGCCAUCACCAUGAAUAAGGAUGUUUUGGGACACAAUCCACUGUCUCAUCUCUUUCUCAAUGACUUCUGGGGAACAUCAAUGGGCGAUGUUAACAGCCACAAAUCCUACCGACCACUCACAACACUUACAUUUCGUAUCAACUAUUUGAUGUUUGGACUCGAGCCACUGUGGUUCCACAUGACCAAUAUCCUCCUGCACGCCUUCGUCUGUAUCCUUUUCAGUCGAGUGUGCUUUGUUGUCGCCCAUCUCGAGAGGAAUUUUGCCACAAUGGCGGGAAUUUUAUUUGCUCUCCAUCCAAUUCACACAGAAGCUGUCACAGGAAUUGUCGGACGAGCUGAUGUGUUGGCUUGUGUCUUUUUUCUCCUUUCACUUCUAACGUACCAUGGAAAAUGUGAAAAAUACCAGAAUUUGAGCAUCAUCCUUGGGGGAUUGAGUAUGUUGGCCAAGGAGACAGGAAUGACGAUAUUUCUGGUCAAUUUGGCAUAUGACACCUACAAAAACUGGCCGUCGCUCAAGAGAUCUAUCACAGAUGUCCGAUGGACUGAAGAGAGUCAGCAAUUUGCUAAGAGACUCCUGCGAAUCGGAAUUACCGUAAUGAUCCUCCUACUUCUGAGGAUCGCUCUACUUCAGGGAACACUUCCCAAAUUCUCCCUUCAGGACAAUCCAGCUGCCUUCCACAGUAGCUUCCGGGUGCGUCUGCUAACAUUUCUGUACCUAGCAGCGUUCAACUGGUGGAUUCUUCUGUGUCCAGUAACACUGAGUCAUGAUUGGCAAAUGGGAUCAAUUCCCCUAAUGCUAUCCCUGAGUGAUCUGAGAAAUAUGUUAACCCUCAUUGCUUUUCUGGCACUAAUUUUUCUCGCUUGUCGUGGAAUUAUGGAUCUUGAAUCCCAACGACAGACACCCCUUGUACUAGGUUUUCUACUUCUCACUCUGCCGUUCCUUCCUGCCAGCAAUCUCGUCAUUACUGUGGGAUUUGUCGUUGCUGAGAGAAUCCUCUACAUACCCAGCCUCGGUAGCACCCUAUUGGUUGUCUAUGGUGUCCAACUUCUUUGGCAAAUAUUGCCACGCUGUCGGAAAAUCAUCAUAGGGAUGUGCAUCAUACUUACACUGUCCGGAAGUGCAAAGACCAUCAUGAGAAAUCAAGAUUGGUUAUCAAGAGAGAGUCUCUUGAGAUCUGGUCUCAGCGUUUUACCUCACAAUGCCAAAAUGCACUACAACUUUGGGAAUUUCCUAAGAGACUCAUCGAAGCCAGACUUGGCGAUGGUUCACUAUGAAAGAGCACUGAGCCUCUGGCCAAUGUACUCAAGUGCCCACAAUAACUUGGGUACUCUCGUUGCGAAUCCCGAGGUGGCAGAAUUUCACUUUCUAGAAGCCAUCCGGUAUUCUUCAGAUCACGUAAAUGCUCAUUACAAUUUAGGAAAGCUCUACAGACGUACCAAUCGUACUGUAGAUGCCAUUCGGAUGCUGGAGAGGUGUCUAAAGCUCGAGUCGAGAUUUGUGCCUGGAUAUUUGGAAUUGUACAAACUCAAGAGUGGACAUGAAGCUGGUAGACUCUUGAAGAAUGUGAUUAAAUUAUCGCCAAGGAAUCUCAAUCACCUCUACUUGUACGGCAAUUGGUUGUUGAACAAUAAUUCCCCAAUACAGGCGUUAGAAUUCUUUCUGAGGGCCCUGAGAUUAAAUCAAUACCAUCAAAUGUCAUUUCUGGGGGCAUGUCACACACUCCGACGCCUUGGUCAACAAAUACGCCUGCAGCAGCUUGUCUUUAGAUGGCACAUCAUAAUGUACCUGAGCAAGGGAGUGCACUCCUCACCACAUCACACAGACCUCUAUUUGCGUGAUUGGCAAAUAAAGAUGGAACUGAGAAAUCGAGCUAAACUCUAUGAUAGCAGCCUCAGGACAUCUACAACAACAACCUGUACUCCCCUACAUGCUACUAUUGAGGGUGGAAAACAAUUCAAUUGUAGCCGAUCUGAGCGACUUCUGCCCAUUCUGAGGGAUACCAGAAUAACUGUAUCAUCGGAACCAAGUGUUGUGAAUGCCGGGAAUUCCUGCUACAGAUACUGGAGGAUAAGGAAGUGGCCCAAGAGUAAGCACAAGAAUGGAAAAACUAGUCAACUGGAGACUUCUGAAAGUGUUGUACCACUCCUAAUAUCCACUUUCCUGGACAAACUCUAAAAAAAAAACGUAUAUCUACUGCGAAUUAUUUAAAAUGCUAAACACUGUGUGUUCGUGUGUUUAAAAUUGUGUGCUAUCAACCUUGUCAGCGAUUUAGAGAGCUUCAGCAAAAAGGGAAAACUAUUGAAAGUGCAGUGAAGAGACUAUUUAACUUUUUCACCAACUUGCAGAUACAACAAAAAUUUCUAUAAGAAAUGAAUUAACUUUUGUGAGAAACUUUGUGCUAAUCAAUCAACUGCAUUAAAGUGAAAAAGGUCUGGGGUGCAAAAAAAAAGAACCUAAGAACGAGCAAAGAGCAUCUUGGACGUGCUUGAAAAUUUCAGGCUCAUAAAGUUAUCUUUUUUCUUUCUUCAAGAUGCAACCGAGUGAAAAGAAAAUUCCAAUAGCAAUAAAUACAUUGUCAAAGCGAUAAGAAUAAAGACCAAAAAAGAUAGAGAAAUUUAAAUACCAAGAGCAAGUCAGACAAAAUGAUCAGAACCAUAACCAAACAAAUUUGUAGCAACGAACUUAAACGACAGUAUGAAAUAUUAAGAAUAGAGAUAACCAAUGUAAAUAGAAUUUGUACAGUAUUAGUAUGGACAUUUUUUGGGCUGUUAUUGCGUGCAAAAAAAAGAAUCAUUUGGAAAGAAUACCUGGUCAUUUAAGCUUAACCAGAGUCACUGGACUUAUUACUAUUAUUUGGCUUAUAUAUUUUAGAAUGUAGGGUUAUGUUGGGUACAUAACCUCAAAAUUUGACAAAUCAUUGACAGAAUAAUAUCGUUAAGAUUUACGCUGAUUUGCGUUAAGGUAGGAUAGGGUAAUUCGGAACCAUGUCUAUUUUUGGAAUUUUGAGAUUUUCUCACUGUUUCAGAUGGUUAAAGACAAAAAGAAAGCCACGAAGAAGUACAUGGAGUACAUGACUUUACAUACUUCUUAGUUGUUUUUUUCGUUUUGCCAUCUAAAACUUCUAGGGAAUCUUGAAGUUCCAAAUUAGUCAUUUUCAUUUCAUUUUAUUAAGGGGUUUCCGUCAUUGUUGGCGAUUCCCCUUCCAAAUUACUCUUAAUUCCAAAAUUACCCCAUCUUACACUACUUUAGUAAAAUAUCUCAAUACUUCUAUCAGGGCCUGAAUGUCUUAAAUUAGAAUGUGAGGUUAUGUUGAACUUAACCUAAAAGAAACUUAAGGCAUUUAUUAUGGACAGAACGCCAUCUGACGGAAAUUUUAUGAAUUAAUAUUUUCUGGCAUUGUAAUUUAGGCCCUUCUGGCAUUUUGUCUUUUCAUUUUGUGACUUUAAUGGCGAGACACGCGUGACGACGACGACUAUAGAAUUUUGGUUAUUUUCUCGAGUAAGUUGUGAAAAUGGAGUAAAAUUAUGCUAUCUAUUGAAUUUAAGAGGGUAUUUCUUUUCUUUGUGAUAGGUUGAUUAAAUAGAUACAGACAGAUUUAAUAGAUAUUAGGUGAUAUCCUGAACAAGAUUGAAGUCUUAUUAGGUAAAGACAAAGACGAUUUAUUUAGUAAUUAGGACGACUUUAAAUCAAUUUACUGAUUAGCUGUACUAGAUCAACUCGGGAAUUAGCCGUGUCUCGCCGGCUGUAAAGACGACGACAAAUAAAAAGCAUUUACAAAAAAAAUACAGUCCACUCGAUUUCACGACGACCACAACAGCAUUUUUAACUUUAAAGUGAAUUUUUUUUUUUCUAUAAUUUAUCAUUCUAUCAUAAUGCGUGUUUGAUUACACAAACGAUGAGAGUAUUCUGAAUGUUAAUCACUGAAAAUAUGAGUUUUCUUCUAAAGAUGUUUCUUGUAGGUUAUGUUAUUUUGAAAAAAAAAUCAUCAAAAAGAAUGCCUACAUCACAAGCUAUCGUCGAAAUAAAAAAAAUCUUUUUAAAGUUUCUGAAAUUUAAAUUCUAUUUUUUUUUAAGAUUAUUUCUAUAAGCUUAAUUUGCAACUUAACCUUUUGUGUACAGUAGACUCUCACUCAAUCGGCUCUUUUUUCAAUCGGGCGACAAAUUUUGUUGACAAUUUUCACGUUUAAUUAUGAAGCUAAUUCGCUCAAAUUCGCUGUAGUUCUUCCUAUUUUAUCGUAAUUCUUUAUAAUUGAGCACUUUUUUGGAAUUUACAAAGGCUUUGACGCUCAAUUCUAUCGCUAAACCGGAUGACAUUUCGCCCCAUAUUCCCGAUUGAGAGAGAGUCUACUGUAUUUCAGAUUUUUUUUUUAAUAGUUCGCGCUUCAUACUUUCAAUUCGGAGGUACUUUCUGUCUUAAAAAUGUGUUUAAAAAAAUGGCAGAUAACUACGUUGAAUCUCUUUUCUGUCUAACAAAUUGCAAUUACACAAUUAAUAGUUGAUUUAAGGUUAGGUACGGCAUAACCUUACAUUUUACUGUUUUUUUAUCGAUGUUCUUCAUUUGUUAGAUUGCAAAGGAUUAAAAAGAUUACCAAAUUAGAUAAUCAUUCAAAUUACUGAAUCCAAGAACUAAAAAAAUACAUUUUUAGCACUUACUUGAGCUGUAGACACCAACUUUAGAAGCUUUUUCAAUUUUCAUUUUCCCUUCACGUACUGAUUUCAGAAGAACUGAAAGCCAAAAAGAAAAAAAGCAUAAAUAAUAAUGAUAUUCCAUAUAAAUUAUCGUAUUCCAACAAAACAAUGGUAGAGAUAUUGCACAGAAAAUUUUUAAUUUCAUCUGCACCACUCGAGUUCCUAAAUUCUCAUGCUAAUUUGAUUCCUAUAAACCAUCACAGAGAAAUGCCAAGAAUUCCCAGAAGGUUUUCCGAAAAAACCCUCGAGAAAAAUAGGAAGUGACAUAAACGGAAAAGCAAUAAAUCUAAAACGUAUAUUGAAUAGACUCCCAUUAUUUUAUCACUUCAAAAAGUGAUUGAUUAUUGAAAUUAUUAGUGAAAUGUUAAAGGUCAGAGCUACAAAUAAUUUUUCACUUUAACAAAAACUGAACCAUUUUCUAAAACUAUAAAAAAAACAUAUUCAAUAAAGCAAUAAUUAACUCCCCCAUAGAAAAUCUAAUUGUUGAACUAAUAAUGCUUAAGUUUCUCGAAAGAAAAUCAAAAAAAAAAGAUAGCAAAAAACAUUAAUAAUUAAUACCCUUCUAAGAUUAAUCAUUAAACCUACAUUUGUAAUCCAAAUGAUCAUAAUGAUAAAUUAAAGUAAUAAAUGCAUAAUGAUUUAUGGAAAGAGGAAAAGUUUUGGAGGAAACAUAUCGAGCUGUAAAUAAAAGAUAAUGGUGCACUAAAUGACAAGAAUAUUUAUAGACAAAAGAGAAAAUAAUUGCAUGAAGUACAAGGAAUUUGAUGAAUAUAUAAACGGCUCUGAUCAAAAUAUGGUUUCGUAUCUUUGAACAACAACAAAAAAUUGCAUGAAUAUUUUAUCUAAUGAAAUAGCUUCUGUUUUUAUUUUCAAAUUGUUUUACCAAUAAGAAAUAGACUUCAAAGGAGGAACUAACACAACAAUUCUCUCAAAAUGUUCAUCAUUUGAAGAAAUACGACAAAUUUAUGAGUAGAAAAGAGAAAAAAUAGAACUACCCUCUACUCUGACAUGUAUGAUAAGAGAGUGAAAAUAUUAUAUUAUUAUGCUUUUUGCCAAAAAAAGAACAAGACAAAAGGAUAUGGAAUAAAUCAAUAAAUUGCUCUUACAACAGGGUGAUUUGCAAAAUUGUUUGGCACAAAUAAACUGUCAUUUUUUUUAAGUUUUGUUUUACACGGGGAUAGCAUUUAAACUCACAAGUGAAUUUUAUCCACAAAAUGUUUAGGCUUCGUCUCUUCCAGGAACUGCAACAUAAUGUAUAGCAAUAUUUUUGAAUUCCAAACAUUUAAUAUGAAAUUAAAGCAAUGCCCUUGCUUAAAAUCACUCAAGUUGUCAUAAUUUAAAAAAUAGACCACGCCCCACGAAAUUUUAAACUUUAAAAAAUCAUGCAACUCAAGUAAUAUUUCUCAAAGAAUUUUCUCUUAUCUAUUCCUUAAUUUGAAGAGUAGAAAUAACACGAAUAAAAAUGGGAAAUUGUGUUUUUUGACAUUAAACAGAGGGGGGCGUGGCCUAUUUUUGCACAUGCUGAUUUAUCAAAGUCAGAAAAGGUUAGAGUAUUCCCUGUUAAAUUAUAAAUAUUUAAAAUAAUUGUGUGAUAGCAUCUUAUGGAGAGUGAUUUUAGCUAAUUUAAAUAUAUAACGUGAAAUAUAUUUACAAAAUAAAUGACAUUUAUUUUAUAAAUAUUUAUUUAACAUUUCAACUUGGGUAAGUGAGAUCUACUGCUACACUGAGAGAAAUUCGCAAAAGUUAAAAUAACAUUCCGGAAAUGUUAAUUUUACCUUGCAUUAUUGAUUCGAAAUCGGUGUAAAUAUUACCCUUUCUAGGUGUAUUAGGGGUUAAAGUUACCCUUUUUCAUGUUACUUUUGCCAUUAAAAAGGUGUAAAACUAACAUUAAAAAAUGUUGAUAUAUUUUUACACCUAAAAAGUGUUAAGGUUGCGAUGAAAAACAGUUAAUCGCACCCUCUUUUUUUCUCAGUGUAGUUGCCUCUCUCCCUUACAUAUGAUCUUUUGAAAACAUAUUUGCAAAAGUAUAAAGCAAUUAAGUAUUAUAUAUAAAUCAGGAGUUUAAAUACUUAUCUCCUUGCAAAAUAAAAUUUAAAAAAACACCCCCUUAAUUCUGUGAUAAUUUUUUUAAGCCUUUAAUCUUUAAAUUAGACUUUGAAGGCUGAUUUUGUAUCAUCUAAAAAGAAAGCUGAAAUGAAUAUAUUAAAAUAUCUUUAAGUUACAGAAACUUAAAAAAAAAAGAUUAAAAUAGAAGCUUCAUUAGCCUUUGGCAAAGAGAAAUCUUUAUUGUUGACACUAAAUACUCCACUUAAAUCUUUAAAUUUUCUUUAUCUCAGAGUUGAGGGGUUUGUCAGUAUAAUUAAAGAAUCGCAUCUGCCUAACUCUUCGAAAGUUAGCAUUGGUCUUUAUUGAAGAUAGAGUGAAUAUUACCGCUGUACAAAAUAAGUUAAGUGAACACAAUAUUACUAAGAUACAAGAAAUUAACGUAAGCUUAAGUGAUUUGUGGCCAUAAGAAAUAUACUCGGUGUUUAACUCUUAAAAAUGUCCUGUAGAUUUUUCUUCGACAAAAAAAAAACUUUUUUAAAAUUUCCCCAUUCUAAUACUUUUUAUUUCGAAAUUUGGACCAAUUCGCGACACAUUAAAAAACAAUCUUGAAAAUUCUUUCUAAAAAAAAUUCUUAUUGUGACCAUAGAAAAAUCUACGGGAAAUUAUUAGAUGAAAACAUCAAAAUAUUGUACUAAAUAAAUAAAAUAUAAAUCUAUUUAUUACUUUUGUAAUAAUGAAUGAGGAAAUGAGGAAAAUACAGAAAGUAUUCAAUUUAGAAUAUAGAGAAUAUUGUGAAAAUAUUGGCUUAAUAAAUCUUUAAAAAGAAAAAAAUGAUAUACUAACUAUAUACUAUUUUAUUAACUUAAAAAAAAACCAACAACAACAAAGAAACUCUACCUUUAAGUAAUGUAAAACAUCUAAUU